AUGAGAGCGCGAUGUGAGCGCGAUGAGAGCGUGAUGAGAGCGCGAUGUGAGCGCGUUGAUGCAGCAAGAUACCGCAUAGCGCCGAAGUCCACGGCUGUAUUAGAGGGUCAAAGAGUCACCCUACAGUGUGCCAUAGAUAACCUUUCACAAAGAGGAGUGGUAGCAUGGGGAGGACCUCCGGAUUACCAGAUAAUAGCUACCGGGGACGUUGUAAAUCCGGAUUAUCCCCGAUACCGGAUUACCGGAGAUCACUCUAGAGGCGUGUACAACUUACAGGUCAGCAACACCAACCUGGCGGAUGAGGGGAACUACAGAUGCAGUACGUUUGGACUGAAACCUGCACAGGCCACGCUCACCGUCAUAGUUCUCUUGCCGAGACCACCGUCCAUAUCCGGAGGACAGACACCUGUUAUCUCCUCACAGCGUCUCAUCCUCACCUGUACCUGUACCGGCGGCCACCCGCCUCCUCAGGUCACGUGGUACAACGGGUCACGUGAGGUAGAUCCUGCUUACGUCAGCACGGAGACCAGCGGGAGUCGCAUCGUCCAGACACUGACCAUAGAGGCGGUCAGCAAGUGGGAUAACGGCGUGAACAUGUCCUGUAGAGCUGACCAGGGCUACCCGAACCUGGUCAAACCUAAGUCAUCCUUCAGGAUCCUUCGAAUACACUACCCUCCCACCGUCAAUGUCCCGACAUCCUCCAUUCACGUCAAGGAGGGUAUGCCAGCCAACCUGACAUGCGCAGUAGACAGUAAUCCCCAGGCCACGAUAACAUGGGAAAAACUCGGACGGAGAGUUUGCAGGUUCCUUCGCUCCAGGAAGCCGACUCUGUACCUGCCCAAGGUGACUCGGUACGACGGCGGCACCUAUCAGUGUACGGCCGACAACGGGGUGGCACCCAGCGGGAGGGGGACUAUCACACUCAGCGUUCUGUAUCGUCCUUGGAUCGACCCUACGAUGGAAAAGAAAGUCACCAUCCUGAACGGCCAGGACGAUUUUUCCCUGGAGUGUCUCGCUGACGGGAACCCCAAGCCUCGCAUCCGCUGGCGGCGGAAGGAUACAAGUCUGUACUGGGAAAACCCGCUCCGCUUCCACCGGGUGCGGUAUGAUAUCGAAGGGACAUAUGAGUGCGUCGCCACGACCAAAGAUUUUCCGGAAGUGACGAAAGAAACAUUUAUCGACGUCGUUGGUCGACCCCAAAUAAGGGAAGAAACUAGUGACGUCAUUUCCGCCACGGAAGGGGAAGCCACCAGUCUUACCUGUGACGUCAGAGCGGACCCACUUCCCACCAAAAUCACGUGGUUAUGGCGUGACACGCAGGGUGUGGAGGUGGAGCUAAACCACGUACAGGGCGACAGCAGCGUGAAGGAAAGUUCCAGUAAAGAUGAGAAAUCGUCAUCCCUCACCCUGAAGAAUGUAGCGAUACGCGAUGGUGGCACUUAUGUGUGCCACGCAGCGAACAUGUUUGGUACUGCACAGCGGGAGAUCCAUCUCAAUGUCACCGAGUCGUACCGUUCCCUGGCUACUGUGAUCGCCAUCACGAUAGCCGCCAUGAUCGUGCUGGCCGGACUGGUCAUCGGGCUGCUGCUGGCCAGGAGGAGAGGCUGGAUCUGUGGGGGGCUACGGACAGAUGAUAAGCACAUGUCCGCACCCCGUCCGAUGCCUCCUGUACCUAAGUACGCACACAAGACGGGCACUAUAGACUCCGGUGUGGAGGACCUGGAGCUACAUGAGAUGGAGGGAACGCUAAAGCCGCGACCUCCGCCCAGAGUGGACAAAGACUGGACAGCGAUCGGACUGACCUAUACAGGACUGGCGCACCCCUCCACCCUCCCUCCCUACUCCACGGUAGAACGGCACCGUCCUGACGGGGAGGACCUACAGGGGGACGGUACCUUCCACGAACCGCUCGGACAUUCCCACCCUCCGACCAGACACAGUCACGUGCACGGCCGCCUGACGCUGGGCGGGAAACGGGCCACAGCAAGACGGACUCAGCUAGACAACGUCAUCAACGAACAGCAAUCAUUGUAACGGGGUUUUAUUGUGAAACAACAACAACAAAUGCCAGCUAGCAGAUAAUAG